CUGCUUGCUUAUUCAGUAUUUUUCACGGAUAUUCCACUUGGUCACGACACCACACAUUUGAGCCACGCCUACGAUCUGCUAUUUGCGUAUCAACGUCUUUUCUUUGGUCUGGCGUUGACAUUACGCAGUGAGAAAUUUGGUCGAUUGAGAAAACGAGAACAACGAAGAGUUGCUACUAUGAUGGAUGAUCGAGUGGCUGCAUCCUCUAGUUACUUCACUGAUCUUAAGACAAUGUGGGCGUAG